UUUUUUGGCUGUUUAGUUCGGGGGGGUUGACAUGGACAGUUUAAUUAAUAACCACCAUCCAUUUCUCCCUGACCUCAACUAGUCACACAUGUUCUCACUGGAAUCCAGACACAAGCGACCUAAUGUUCAUCGGCGACUACUGAUGGAGCUGUAGAAUCACACUGUGGAUAAUCAGAAACAAGGAAAGAAAAGGAAAAACUGGUACCAAGCAGGGAUUCAGUAUUCACCGACUGGAAUAAGAAGUGAACAGAGGGGUACCACGGUUCUGUGGCACGGUGCAAAUCUGUGUUUUUUUCCUGUGCUGGUGCCCGACGACCCUCCUGAAUGAAUGAGUGGGUGGGCCCCGACAUCAAUGUGGUGGGACCGCUGCAAAUCCCACACAGCGAUGAGUUCUCCAUCGCAGAGAGCGCCCACUUGUUUGAUAUUCUGGCAGAUCACGGCAGUUCUCUCCUGCAGGAUCCCGACGUCUUACCCUUCACCGUCUACCCCAGCAUGCAGUACCCGUCCAUGGAGCCAACCAUGCCUCCCGCACCAUACUACUCCAGUCAGAACUACUACCCCCAGUACAACGGAGACGAGUGGUUCUCAAACACAGGGAUAUAUGAACUGAGGAAGGGAGCCCUGGAGGUCAGCUACGAUGCUGAGAUGGAGGACACGUCUGCUGUGGUGUCCACCGUGUGCAAGAGGACCCGGCACAUGUCGCAAGCUGGAAGGGUCAAAGGGGAGGAACUGUGUGUUGUGUGUGGGGACAAGGCCUCUGGAUAUCACUAUAACGCUCUCACCUGUGAGGGCUGUAAAGGUUUCUUCAGACGGAGCAUAACAAAGAAAGCGGUGUAUAAAUGCAAGAGUGGAGGAAACUGUGAGAUGGACAUGUAUAUGCGCAGGAAAUGUCAGGAGUGCCGGCUCAGAAAGUGCAGAGAGAUGGGGAUGCUGGCUGAGUGUCUGCUGACAGAGAUCCAGUGUAAAUCUAAACGGCUACGGAAGAACACCAAGGCGUCGCCGGGACAGUCGACUGGAGACGAGACGGAGGGGCCGGACAACACAGACAACAAGCAGGUCACCUCAACCACCAAACUGACAAAGGAAAAAGUUGAAAUCACCAAAGCGCAGCGGGCUCUCAUGAAGGUCAUCGUAGAUGCUUAUAACAGACACCAAAUUCCUCAAGACGUGGCCAAAAAACUGCUCCAGGACCAGUACAGUGCAGAGGAAAACUUCCUCCUGUUGACAGAGAUGGCAACGAGUCAAGUUCAAGUUCUGGUGGAGUUCACAAAAAAUAUUCCAGGGUUUUUGUCUCUGAAUCACGAAGACCAGAUCGCUCUGCUGAAGGGUUCGGCUGUGGAAGCCAUGUUUCUGCGCUCAGCUCAGGUUUUCAGCAAGAAGAUGCCCAACGGACACACAGAGGUUUUAGAAGAGAGGAUACGCAAGAGUGGUAUAUCAGAGGAAUUCAUGACACCCAUGUUCAACUUUUACAAAAGCAUCGGGGAACUCCACAUGAUAGAGGAGGAACAGGCUCUCCUCACAGCCAUCACCAUCUUAACACCAGAUCGGCCCUACGUGAAGGACCAGCAGGCUGUGGAGAGACUUCAGGAGCCCAUGCUGGAGGUGCUGAGGAAGCUGUGCGUCCUGCAGCAUCCGCAGGAGCCGCAGUACUUUGCUCGUCUCCUGGGCCGUCUGACGGAGCUGAGAACACUCAACCAUUACCACGCAGAGAUGCUCACAUCGUGGAGGAUGAACGACCACAAAUUUACCCCCCUGCUCUGUGAGAUAUGGGACGUGCAGUAGGAAACGGAACAAAAGUGAUGCCCUGGAGGUGAUGACAUUUAGACGUGUGAGACAUAGGUCACCAUUCAACUACAUGAUGUGGAAUUAAGUCCCUGCGAAACUUGUGUUGCAGCACCUUGACAGCGUUAGACAUGUAGGGACUCUGUGAGUUCAGAUUAUUGCUCUACUCACACCAUCAUUGUGUCUAUUUACUCACACAUGCAGAGGAACUUGAAAUUAUGGAGGUGUUUACAGCACAAAGAGGAAACUAUUCACAGGUUUGGCUGAAGCAGAUUAAGACUUCUUACUGCUGUGAACAUCGUGUUAAACCCUCAUGUAAAACAUGUUGAAGGCCCAGCGUGAUUCGUCAGGCAAGUGCAAACACUGGAACUCAUUCAAAGCGAAGGGGUGCUCAUAUCAAGUGUAAGGUUUUUAGACGACAUUCAGUUUGAUAUUAGCUUCGUUUAUUUUAUAUUCGUAAAAAAAAAACUUCAUACAACUUGCUUCAUUUAAAUGCUGUAAAUAUGCAAAUGUUUUAUGUU